GAUGCAACCGCACGUACUACGGGAACAUUGGGCUGACGUACAAUCUGGAGCUGCACCGACCGAAGGAGGACCGGAUACCUUACGUGUGCAUCCUGACGUUCACAGCGGCCGGCGGCAACUACGGUGACAUCGUGCAGGUGACGCUCGACAGCUUCACCCUCGGCCGGUUCGUGUCGUACACGGAGAAUGGCUGCCCGGACGGCUACCUGCAGGUUUCGGAAGCGAAGCGGGCCAACGUCGGCGGCAUGUGGUGCGGCACGACCUGGGGACCGGCCAUCUUCUACAGCGAAACCGAUUCCCUCGUCAUGACGAUCAAACUGUUCAAGCUGUCGCGUGACCAGAGCGGCUACAACUUCGACUUCCGGAUACAGUACAAAAUGCUGUCCCGUGCCAGCGCGGUCGUCCGGUACGGGGGCCACCGGCACGAGUACAUCCCACCGUGGACGAACGUCACGUACAUCCCGAACUAUCCGCUGAUCGAGGACUUUACCAACUCGACCGCACACUCGGAGCACCAGACGUACCAGGAGGCGGGCGGGCUCGGCGCGGGCCAGCAGCGCAAUCGGAUGGUUUCGCUCGGUGCCAACGAUCUGCCGUACCCGACGACCUACGACAACAUGACGCGGGCGGCUGGUGGAGGUAUGCUGCAGCGUGGUGGACCCGCGGCCGGUGGGUCAAUGUUUGGCCGGCUGAACGGUUCCACCGACGGCUGGAGCCCGCUGGGCCGGGCAGCCCCCGGAAGCAGCCGCUCAACUACACCGAACCGCAGUACUACCUGGGCAAUCUCAUGCAGGGUACGUUCUGCUCGCGUAUAUUCACCAACUGCGACAAGAAGGUGUGCCGUCUGCAGUCGCCCAACUUUCCCGGCAUCUAUCCCAGGAAUCUGACGUGCUACUUCGCCGUUAGGCAGCACGACGUUCCACCAGGUAAGCACGCGUUCAUCGUCAUCAGUCAGCCGAAGGGCAACCUGAUCUGGAUAUCGACGGAAGCGUCGG